GCCGCCAAAAUUCAAGUUAGAAGAGAGAGACGCGAGUUUCUCCGCCGUCGGUUGUAAACACUGGGCUGUAAACCGAGAGCUUCGGCUUCUUACUGGCCGACUUUGAUAUUCAAACGCCUCCCAUUUCACCUCUGGAAUCUUCGGAGGCAGACGGGGUAAUUUAAAAAUGCACAUAAAGUCUAUCAUAAUCGAGGGGUUCAAGUCCUACGCACAGAGGACGGAGAUCAACGGCUUCGACCCGCUGUUCAACGCCAUCACCGGACUCAACGGCAGCGGCAAAUCCAAUAUCUUGGACUCCAUAUGUUUCCUCUUAGGCAUUUCCAACCUCACCCAUGUGCGAGCCUCCAACCUCCAGGACUUGGUGUACAAGAAUGGACAGGGCGGCAUCACCAAGGCCACCGUGUCAAUCACCUUUGACAACUCCAACAAAAGCCAGAGCCCCCUUGGGUUCGAGACCCACGACGAGAUCACCGUCACCAGACAGGUGGUGAUUGGGGGCAGGAACAAGUACCUCAUCAACGGAGUCAAUGCCAACAACACCAGGGUGCAGGACUUGUUCUGCUCCGUUGGCCUCAACGUCAACAAUCCCCAUUUUCUCAUCAUGCAGGGGAGGAUCACCAAAGUUCUAAACAUGAAGCCCCCAGAGAUCCUUGCCAUGAUUGAGGAGGCAGCAGGCACCAGGAUGUAUGAGUGUAAAAAGAUUAGCGCCCAGAAAACCAUUGAGAAGAAGGAGGCCAAGCUAAAGGAGAUCCAGACUAUUUUGGAUGAGGAAAUUACUCCAACCAUGCAGAAAUUGCAAGAGGAACGAUCAUCGUACCUGGAGUACCAGAAGCUGAUGCGAGAGAUCCAGCACUUGUCGCGGCUGUAUGUGGCCUGGCUGUUUGUGUGCGCAGAGGAGACGAAGCUGAAGUCAGCAGAGAACCUUAAGGUGAUGCAGGAUAACAUCGCCAAGAUGCAAGCCAGCAUGGCUGAGAACGAGAGCAAAGUCCAGGAGCUCUCAGCCCAGAUUCAAGAGCUGCAGAAGAAAAAAGAUCAGGAGGUGAACGGAGUAUUAAAAUCCCUGGAGGAAAAUCUAGCGGACGUACAACGUGUGGACGCCAAAGCCCAGAGUGCACUUGACCUCAAAAAACAGAAUCUGAAAGAUGAAGUCAAGAAGAGGACGGAGCUUGUAAAGAGUAUGGAGGAGGACAAGAAAAUGCUUACGGUGAAAGAAAAGGAGGUCUCCAAAAUGACCGAGCAGCUUCAAACUCUACAGGAGGAGGGGCAGAAGGAUGGUGCUGCUCUGGAAGCAGCUGAGCAGCAUUUCAAGGCUGUAUCCGCAGGUCUCUCCACCAAUGAGGAUGGAGAGGAGGCCACACUGGCCGGCCAGAUGAUGACCUGCAAGAAUGACAUGAGCAAGGCAGAUACAGAGGCCAAGCAGGCCCAGAUGACACUGAAACACGCUCAGACGGAGCUGAAGACCAAACAGGCAGAGGUCAAAAAGAUGGACAGUGGCUACAAAAAGGACCAGGACAGCAUGCAGGCUGUCAGAGGCAGCAGAGAAAAACUUGAGGCUGAGCUCGCUAAACUCAACUAUGAAGAUGGGAAAGAGGAAAGUCUGUUGGACCAAAGAAGGCAGCUGUCCCGAGAGGUCGCUAAACUCAAAGAGACCUAUGAACGUCUUGUGUCCCGCUUCCCCAAUUUGCGCUUCGACUACAAGGACCCAGAGCGCGGAUGGGACCAUAGCAAAGUGAAGGGGCUGCUCGCAAACCUGAUCACGAUCCGUGACGUCUCUUAUGCUACGGCACUGGAGGUGGUGGCAGGAGGACGACUCUACAACAUUGUAGUAGACACAGAGGUGACCGGUAAGAAGCUGCUGGAGAAGGGAGAGCUACAGCGGAGGUACACCAUCAUUCCCCUGAACAAGAUCUCUGCCAGGACACUCAAUGACAGAGUGGUAAACACGGCCAAGAGCCUGGUUGGAGAUGACAAUGUCCACACUGCUCUGUCCCUGGUGGGUUAUGAAUCUGACCUGCGUAAGGCCAUGGAGUACGUCUUUGGCUCCACGCUGGUGUGUGACACCCUGGACAAUGCCAAGAGAGUGGCUUUCGACAGGCAGGUGAUGACCAAGACUGUCACUCUUGGAGGGGACAUCUUCGACCCACAGGGAACUCUGAGUGGAGGUGCUCGCUCCCAGGCAGCAUCAGUUCUGACCAGUCUGCAGGAGCUGAAGGAGGUUCAGGACCACUUGAGGGAAAAGGAGGCUCAGCUUCACAACAUUGAGCGACAGCUGACCAGCCUUAAGGGAACUGCUGAGAAGUAUCGUCAGCUGAAGCAGCAGCACGAGCUGAAGGUAGAGGAGGAACAGAUUCUGCAGGCUAAGCUCCAACAGAGCUCCUUCCACCAGCAACAAGAGGAGCUAGAGAGGCUGCGCAAAGCCAUUGAGGAGAGUGAGGAGACGUUGCGCGUCACCAAGGAGGUGCAGAAGCGGGCUGAAGAAAAGUACAAGGUGUUGGAGAACAAGAUGAAAAACGCUGAGGCGGAGAGGGAGAAGGAGCUGAAAGCCGCCCAGCAGAACCUCAACGCAGCGAAGGGCAAAGCUGACACCUUCAACAAGAAGCUGAAGCUGAAGCAGCAGGAGUCUGAUGCCGUGGCCCUGGAGCUGGAAGAGCUGCGCAGGGAGCAGGCGGGUUAUGAGCAGCAGAUUCAGGCUGUAGACGAAGCCAUGAAGGCCAUCCAGGAGCAGAUAGACAGCAUGGCCUGCACCGUGUCCCAGAACAAGGAGGCUGUGCGUAAAGCUCAGGAGGAUCUGGCCAAACAGAAGGAGGUGAUCAUGGCUCAGGACAAAGAGCUCAAGGGGAAGAGCACUGAGGCGAAUAAGAUGAGGGAGCAGAACAACGAAUUCCAGCUGAAGAUAAAGGAGCUGGAGCACAACAUUAGUAAGCACCGCAAGGACAGCCAGGACGCUGCCGACAAGGUGUCUCGGAUGCUGGAAGAAAAUGAAUGGAUCCAAUCGGAGCGCCACUUCUUCGGCCUGCCAAACACCUCCUACGACUUCAAGACCAACAGCCCCCGUGAGGCGGGUCAGCGCCUGAAGAAGCUGGAGGAGACCACCAACAAGCUUGAGAGAAACAUCAACAAGAGGGCCAUGAACAUGCUGAACGAGGCGGAGGAGAGGUACAACGACUUGAUGAAGAAGAAGAGGAUUGUGGAGAACGACAAAGCAAAAAUCCUACAGACCAUCGAGGAGCUGGACCAGAAGAAGAACGAGGCUCUCAACGUGGCGUGGCAGAAGGUGAACAAGGACUUUGGCUCCAUUUUCUCCACUCUGCUGCCGGGGGCCACUGCUAAGCUGGCUCCCCCCCAGGGCUGUGGGGUCCUGGAGGGCCUUGAGUUCAAGGUGGCCUUGGGCAACACCUGGAAGGAGAAUCUCACUGAGCUCAGCGGUGGGCAAAGAUCCCUGGUGGCCUUGUCUCUCAUCUUGGCGAUGCUGCUGUUCAAACCCGCGCCCAUCUACAUCUUGGACGAGGUGGAUGCUGCUCUGGAUCUUUCACACACACAGAACAUUGGACAGAUGCUGCGCACACAUUUCAGACACUCCCAGUUUGUGGUGGUGUCCCUAAAGGACGGCAUGUUCACCAAUGCCAAUGUCCUGUUCAAGACGAAGUUCGUCGACGGCAUGUCCACGGUGUCGCGAACGGCGCUCAGCCAGAGCGAUGCCAACGUUCCCCAGAAAGGCCCAGAGAAGGGUCGUCAAAAAGACAAGAAGAGCAAACAGCUCAUCAGCUAAUAAUUGUACAGGAGCAGCUGAACCCAACAGAGUCACCAUUAAUAUCCAGGCUGUUAUUCCAGAAGUCUUGUCACAUGAUAUAAGAACAUGUGGUGUGUGUUAAUACCUAGCGAACUGUGUACAAUCAUAUUUCCUCUUUCGGUAAUAACUGCUCUUUAUACUUGUAAGAGUUCCGUCACAACAGUUUUGUCUUCUGAAGACCCUCAGCUGAAUUUCUGUUUCAAGCCAAUUUUCUUUCAUAUGUUAUUCUUUGAAGCUGUUCACAUGUUUGUGUAUUUUGAACUUUUUAACUGUACGUGUAUUUUGUGGUGUGUCCUUGGCUAUCCUGUCUCUUUUCAUGUUCAUGUUCUUCUGCUUCAAAUUAUUUUUUAUAUGGAUUUAUAUGUGAAAGUAACUUCUCCAUAUAUUUCAGUUAAUAAAGCAAAUGUUUGAUAAUG